AGGAGGAGGAGGAGGAUGCGGCCGCCGUCGGGGGCCUCCCGCCGCCCCCCGCCCCGCCCCAACGGCUGCCUGCCCAACGGAGACCUGCCCAACGGUUACGUGACCGGCGGCGCCAAGCAGGUUCAUCAUGUUACCCAAAAUGGAGGACUAUAUAAAAGACCUUUUAACGAAGCCUUCGAAGAAACCCCAAUGUUGGUUGCCGUACUGACAUACGUAGGGUACGGUGUACUCACACUCUUUGGAUACCUCCGAGAUUUCUUGAGACAUUGGAGGAUUGAAAAGUGUCACCAUGCAACAGAAAGAGAAGAACAAAAGGACUUUGUGUCACUGUAUCAAGAUUUUGAGAACUUCUACACAAGAAACCUCUACAUGCGAAUUCGAGAUAACUGGAACCGCCCGAUUUGUAGUGUGCCUGGGGCCAAGGUGGACAUCAUGGAGAGACAUUCCCAAGACUAUAACUGGUCAUUCAAGUACACGGGGAAUAUCAUUAAAGACGUUAUCAACAUGGGUUCCUAUAAUUACCUCGGCUUUGCACAGAAUACUGGCAUGUGUGAAGAAGCAGCAGCUAAAGUAUUACAGGAGUAUGGAGUGGGUGUGUGCAGUACCAGGCAAGAGAUUGGAAACCUGGACAAGCAUGAAGAGCUAGAAAAGCUGGUGGCUAGAUUCUUGGGAGUGGAGGCCGCCAUGGCCUACGGAAUGGGAUUUGCGACCAACUCGAUGAACAUUCCUGCUAUCGUCGGCAAGGGCUGCCUAAUCCUGAGCGAUGAACUGAACCACGCGUCACUGGUGCUGGGAGCCAGGCUGUCCGGAGCAACCAUCAGAAUCUUCAAACACAACAAUAUGCAGAGCUUGGAGAAGCUGUUGAAAGAUGCCAUUGUCCAUGGGCAGCCUCGGACACGCAGGCCCUGGAAGAAAAUCCUCAUCCUGGUAGAAGGAAUAUACAGCAUGGAGGGAUCCAUUGUUCGCCUCCCUGAAGUAAUUGCCCUUAAGAAGAAAUACAAGACUUACCUGUAUCUAGAUGAAGCUCAUAGCAUUGGGGCCCUGGGCCCCACAGGUCGGGGUGUGGUGGAAUAUUUCGGCCUGGAUCCCGAGGAUGUGGAUGUUAUGAUGGGGACAUUCACAAAGAGCUUUGGAGCUGCUGGAGGAUACAUUGGAGGCAGGAAGGAGCUGAUAGACUAUCUCCGAACACAUUCUCAUAGUGCAGUGUAUGCCACAUCACUGUCACCACCUGUUGUGGAGCAAAUCAUCACCUCUAUGAAGUGCAUUAUGGGCGAAGAUGGCACAAGCUUCGGCAAGGAGUGCGUGCAACAGUUAGCCGAGAACACCAGGUAUUUCAGGAGGCGACUGAAAGAGAUGGGCUUCAUCAUUUAUGGCAAUGAAGAUUCCCCCGUGGUGCCUUUGAUGCUGUAUAUGCCAGCUAAAAUUGGCGCUUUUGGGCGGGAGAUGUUGAAGCGGAACAUCGGCGUGGUGGUGGUGGGAUUUCCUGCAACCCCAAUUAUUGAAUCCCGAGCCAGGUUUUGCUUGUCGGCAGCUCAUACCAAAGAAAUGCUAGAUACUGCUUUGAAGGAAAUAGAUGAAGUUGGGGACUUGCUGCAGCUCAAGUAUUCCCGUCACCGGAUGGUGCCUCUGCUGGACCGGCCCUUUGACGAGACGACGUAUGAAGAGACCGAAGACUGAGCCCUGUUGGUGCCCUUUGGCAGGGCAGAGGGCUCCCUCCCUCCCGCUCUCCCUCCCACCCUCCCUCACUGAGGACAGCGGGCGGCCUUUCCCGGCUGGCCCAGUUCGGAAAUCCAUCUUUCCAUGGCUGCUUUGCGAAAAGACAUUUCCUCUCGAUCCCAAAGUGAGCCACAUCUGCCCGAAAACGGCAUUCUGUAAAUAGCAAGAACGGCUUCGCAUCCUUCCUUUGGCGCAGCUCACCUUUUAAAAAGAGUUGACUUGCGUUUGUGGUUCUCCCCCAUCCCAUUCCCCCCACUGCAACCCCCCGCUUUUUUUUUUUUUUUGCUUUUUAAAAAACUUUUUUUUAAUUUUAUAACUAUUGUCUCGGUGAAAUUACGCUCAUCCUAAACUGCCUCUGGCUAACCCUCCAGUUCCCCUACCCCCACAGCUCUGUCUCUCUGCCUACCCUCCCCGGGCCCCAGACGGCCCUUCCAGGCCCGGAGGCAGGAAGCGGCACUCUCUCGGCGAGGGUGGCCUGGCGUGGCAGCUGCCUCCCUGGGCUCCCACUCCGGAAUCGAUCGCCUCCCACUUCUCCAGGCCUGGCAGGGGGCUGAUCAUUUUAACACAUUUCUUUAACUGGGCAGGUAAUCAACCAAAGCGCUCUUUCUUUCACUCUUAUUUAAGCUUAAAGGUUCUCACUUAGCUUUUUAAUUUAAAAAAAAAACCAAAACAAAGAAAAGCCCCCAAAAGACGGCCUAAUGCCGACGGGGCUACCGGGGUAACUCUCCCAGGCUUAAAUCCGGGGCCUCCUUGAGACUUGGAGUCUUUUCCAGGUCCACUCUGCCGCCGAAUAUCGUCUUCCUUCUCGGUCGAGCAUUUCCUCAUGAUGCUUACAAGCUGAGGGGACUGUCCAAACCGGGUGGACUUUUCCUGUUGAGGUGGUGGAAUAUUUGAUGAACUCCCAAGGCUCACCCUCCCUACUGAUCCGCUGCUCCGGUCAGCCCUCUCUGAGGGAAGGUGAAGUUUGGGUCACCAUCACUUCCUGCACGUGAAGAGAUGAGUUUGGUUUCUCAUUACUUUUUGUCUUGAGGCUCCUGGUUCAGUGAUGGGGAUUGACAGAGGGGACGGAGAUGUUUUGUUGAAGACGGGGAAUUCCGCCAAGAGGAAUUGGAAAAGGACUCCUUAGUCCUGUCUGUUGACUGUUAACAAGUAUCUUUGGCAGAUUCCUUGGGGCCUGACCUUCUUGUUACUUUCUAAAGAUCAAAACUCUAGCUGCGGCUGCUGCAAGGAAAUGGUUCCCAGCUAAGACCGGGGGGGCAGAGUGGCCGUAUAAAAUGUGGGUAAAGGAGCCUCCUCCAUUACCCCCCCCCCCCGUCAGAAACCCCUGGCCUUGUGUCACCGGCUCUCCUGUUGUUUUACACUGAAACACCUAGCACAUGGAAGUGAAGACAGGCUGCUUAAGGCUUUGAGACUGCUAAGUGAAAAAGGGCAUUGCUGAGCUUCCUGGCACCUCUCUGAUUUGGGCAUCCCUCACUUUCUGCUUUUUUUGUUUUGUUUUUUGGUGAAGCACUGAAUGUCCUCAUCCCCCCACCCCCACACACCCCCAUAACUCCCCAGCUUCACUCCCAAAUGGGUCUCCAUCCACUGAAUGAGCCCAAGCCACAUGCCGGCGUCUUCUGCAAACCAAAGCUUAGCUGAGAAUAGCUCUUGGCUUUUUAUCGCACCCAAAGUUAGCUGGCCUUCCGGAAUUUCGUGGAGAAGGACUGGGAAGGGUAGGCAAGAGAGUGUCUGAGCUCGUCCUUUGUGUUUGAACCCAUCCCCCGGGCUGCUGGCAGAGAGCUUCUCUAUCCCAAAUCCACCCAGCUUGUGAGCUGCUGCUGCGCUCUUUGUGUGUUGUGUGCGCGCGCGCCUGUUGUGUGUAGUUCCGCACAUGCACUCGUGUUCAGAUGUAUUUGGGAGCAAAAGGCACAAGAAGUGCUAACGUUGGGCAGAUUUAGUUGGCCUCUGUUUUGGCACCCUUAAAUGUUAAUCACCUUGGCCCAGCACGGUGUCUCAAAACUGCAAAACCCUGGAAGGUGUCCAGAAUGUUCCGUCUUCCUUUGAGGACAGUCAGGGUGAGAGAAGGGGCAGAGGCUGCUGUGGCCUUCCCCGCUCAAGGGAAAUAGAGAGUUGGGGCCGAGGGGGCCGGGAGGUGGACCUUCUCUGGAAACUGAGCUGAGCAGGGCUGGGUCUUUCGGCGUGCCUGAGGCCGCUCGUGGCGCCAGCAUCGGGAACCCCCCAGACUGCAGCCUCCGGCGCGCCCUCGAGGUGGGGCAAGGUCCCUGAUCAAGACCCCCCACUUGUAGAUCUUUAAAUCAGUCAGGCAGACCUUCUCCCCUCCACCACGCCGCCGGUUUUGGGGACGUUUUUUGUGGGAGUUUUUUAACCGUGGGCACAUGAAAUCUCGGCCAGUUAAAGUGAAUGUCACGGCCAGUCUUUUUAUCACAUUUACCAUAUGGCUAGAGGGAAAAAAUGAAGGAGCAGGUCUACCUUCCGAGCCGGCCAGGACCCCAGCCACUUUUAAUUUGAUGUGGAAAAGAGCAUUUUACAUUGGAAUCUGUUGCUGAUCACUGAAGUGUAAUUUCGGUAUAGACUGGAGAGAGAACCGAGUGUCUUUCCUUUUUAACGAAGCACAAUGUGACCUUGUUUAAGGUAAAUCGAUGGGAGCGAGUUGGCCUCCUGAGGUUUAUCGAAUACCUUCUGGGACCGAAAUCUUUGGGGAUUCGCAUGUUUGACUAUCCAUCUGUUUAGCUACCAGCUUUUGGUAAAGAUUGCCCUGUGAGUACUCUUCUCAGAACUAAGGCUAGGCUUCAGUGUUUUUUCCUUCCCCAUUCCCUAAGUCACUGUUUGACUUUUUUCCAGAAUUUGUUCUACGUGUUAUGAGGCUCUGUGACCUGAGAUUACAUCAAAAUUAACCCCUUCCAGAAAUCUGACUGUAUAAUUCCAAGUUUGAGGGGGCAUAGCACUCUGGGUUGACAGGUGCAAAAAGAUGAUGGGUCUGGCUGUCAGCUCAUUUUCAUUUGAAAAGAUUUCCCGAGUUUUCUCGUACACUUAUUCCAGCACCCGGGAAUGUAGGGCACUUAGCCAGCAGGAACUCUAGGAAGUUUUCCGUUUCAGUUACCUUUUGCUUUAUUUAAAGUGCACUAAACGCACCCCCCCACCACCACCAAAAAAAAAAUCCCUCCCCCAAACCUAAGGUAUUAAUCACCUCUUUAAAGAGUCCACAUCUCUGGCAGAGCUAUAGGAUUCCAAGCGCUAGCCAAGAGCCGUCCCCACAAUCUGUCUCGAGAAAGCGGAGCCUGUACCUGGCAGAGCUUUGUUGUUUAACCAAGCCUUUAAAAACUUCCUAACGUCUGUGAGCGCAUUCACUGAGCCCUCCUUUCGGACCCAGAGAGACACCCGCGUAUGAGACGCAGGUGUCUUCUCGACGUGCUCGUGCAGGCAGAGAAAGAAUGCUCUCUGGGUCCGGGACUACUCACCUUCCGGAUCCACCACCCUCCUUCCUCAAGUCAAGAAGGAGGGUCAGGGAGAGGGCGGGCCGUUGGACACCUACCUCCUUAACUAGGAGUUUUCUUCCAGCCAACUCGGGAGCAAACUGUCCUGGAGAGAUUCUCAGGCGGGCCCGGUAAUCCUGCCCUCGGCAGUGCUGGGGUUCUUGCUGAAGAGGGCAGGGAAGAGGUAUCUAGAAGAGUGAGUACCAGCUGGCUCCCUCUCAGUUGCUCUACCUCUGGAUAACACAGACAGGAGCUUCAGACCCUAUGUUGCUAAUGUUGUGACUAUGUAGUCUCUCUUCCCAUCCCCUGAACCUUUUCUUUUUCCACAUGUGUUCUCCGUCUCGGCCUCCUCUCUCCGACUCGGCCUGUCUGUCUCUGCCUGUCUCUCCCCCUCUCCCCACCCACCCCCUCCGUCUGUAUUGAUGCAAAUGGUUUAAGAUGGAGAGAAAUGGAUACCGUGGUCCACUCGCCCUACUUUUUUUUUCCACUCCUGGCAAAGCACAGACCGAUGACCGUUCAACACAGGUGAUUUGGAUCGGGUGGGGACAGACCAGGGCCACCACAACCCAAGAAGCCUUCCAACAUAGCCACUUCAGCUGGAUCAAAGAAAUUCCAGGUCUCAAGGUGCAGUGCAAUGCCGUGAUCUACGAACCAACCCAGCACCCCGCUUCAGAGAACAGCAUGCCCACUCUUUCGUUCACAUGAGUCGUAGCUCCCGCCCAGUUGCUGACGUGCCAGUUCUCCGGGGUGGGCAGGGUUUUGGUUCUGCUCUUGUGGCAGGCCGGUAUCCCUGCCCGCUCACCUGGGGGGCCGGGAGGAUCCCUGCCCCUGGGCUUCAGUCGGAAGGAAGAGCCCCCUCUUGUCGUCGGCAGCGACUCGUGUUUUCUGAGCAUCUCCGGCGGCAGCUCGCAAGCGUCCUUUGUCGGGAAUCAAAGGGGCUUAGCCCACGUGCCCUCGGUGGGGAGGCUGUGCUCCGUCCUCUUGAAGAAGGGAGAGGGGAGCCAGUCCCCCUCCGCUGAGCGGGAGAGAGGUGGGGAGGAGAGCCGCGAGCCUUUGUUUACUGUACAGUGCGUGUUAUAAAUGGCCUUAAACUGUGAUUCUUUUUGGUAUGACGAGUUAUAAUAAACUGACCCUAAAGAAUACAAUGGAUUUUAACCGGCA